AUGCAAGAUAAGGCCCAAAGCUCAAAGGCCAGCUAUGACAAGGCUGCCUUGCGUGAACGAAAAAAGAUCCUCGGAAGUGAUCCUGAGCAAAGCAUUCUCAUUCUGAUUCUAAAAGCAUGCACACCGACAUUCUCAAGACCUGACUUUGGAAAGACCUUACAAAGCAUCAAGGCCAAUUUUGUUCAAAGAGAUUACGAAGGAAUCUUUACGGAUGCAGAAAACUUGCAAGUUUACAGUGCCGCAUAUGUACCUGGACGAGCAUUGUGCUACUAUGAGAUUUUCUGUAGACCCCAACUGUCUAGGGUGCUUGCCAAAAACAGCCUGGUAUAUGCUGUUGGAUCAGGAAGUGGGUCCGAGUUGGUGAGUAUUGCGGCAGCAAUGACACGGGCACCAGCCGACCGUCAGAAGGUUCAUUUGGCUAUGCAAGAUAUUGGAGAAUGGGCAGAUGUACUUGGGUUGUUUGAAGAAAAGAUUCGUACCGACUGGAAGUUGACGACAGACCAAUUGACGUGCAUUUAUGAGCAAGGAGAUGUUCUUUCUACCGAGAAUGAAGCACGGCGUACAGAAUUGAUUUCGUCUGCAGACUUGAUUACAUUUAUGUUUGUAAUGAAUGAACUUUUUGUAAAGAAGGCCCCUGCAAUGGCUCUUAUCCAGUCGCUUGUGAGUUCGAUGAAGAAGGGAGCUCUUUUGCUGAUUGUGGAGUCUGCUGGUUCUUUUUCUCAUCUCAAAGUUGGAGACAAGACCUACAUGGUCUAUACCUUGUUGGAUGCCGUUAAGGAUCUUGAGUGCCUGAUUUCAGAAAAUUCGCUGUGGCUUUCUUACUUACCAGACUUCAAUUCCUCCAAUGAAAACAGUAGUACUGGAUCCAAUGAUUAA